UGUUUCCGGGUCCAAAGUCACAAAGGCGCUCUUGUUUAAUAUGCCGCAGUGCUGUGUCCCGUGCUGUUUAAACAGAUCAGAAUUAAAAAAAACAUGUCAGUUGUCAUUUUACCGCUUUCCCUGUGACGAGAAAGAGAAGAGGAGAUGGCUGCGACUUAUAAGGCGUGAGAACUUCACUCCAAACUGCAACUCUAGAGUGUGCAGUUGGCAUUUCCCGGAUGGCAAAGCUGCUGGGCCAACGCGAUUUGCAUGGAAUGAACAGAAGAAUUUCAAAGUCCCUGACCAGUUCAGGCAUAUGCGUAAAAAGAAACCAAUGGUUCCUGCAGGUGGUGAGGAUGCAGGAACAGAUCAAGGACAGACCCCCGGCACUUCAAAAACUCUUACAGUUCUUGAAAUAGAGAAUGACAUGCUUCGAGAAGAGAAUGAGAGACUAAAAAAACUAUUGGAAAAACAGAAGCAAACUUUUUCCUUCAGUCAAAUUUCCUCUGAUUCUGACAAAGUACAGUAUUUCAUUGGAUUGCCCGAUGCUGCCACUGUCCUGUUUUUGGAAGCACUUCUUACCAAAUUUGAGCUACAGUAUCAUUCUGAUUGGACUGUCCAAAGUAUUCUUCUAGUUGAUCAAUUGCUCCUUGCUUUAAUGAAGCUGAAACUUAAUUGUGGCCACGUAGACCUUGCAACAAGGUUUAAUUGCAGCACUGCAACUGUCACCAACAUCUUCACCACCAUCGUUUCUGCGCUGUAUGACAUUUUGUAUGUCGGUAUGUUUUAGAACAACAUCCCCUCCACUGCCAAGAAUCAAACAUCACUGCCAGACUGCUUCAAGCCUUUUCCCAACUGUAGGAUAGUGCUUGACUGCACUGAGGUUGCAGUCUCAAACACAGAAAGGCUUGACACACAAAGUCAUUUGUACAGUCAGUACAAAGGACGGACAACACUGAAGGCUUUAAUUGGUGUUGCUCCAAAUGGAGUGAUUACCUUUGCCAGUAACCUGUAUGGUGGGAGUGCCUCAGACAAGGCAAUAACAGCUGACUGUGGAAUUCUCCAACAUCUACAGCCAGGUGAUAUGGUUGUGGCAGACAAGGGCUUUACGAUUCGUGACAUUUUGCCAGAAGGAGUGUCACUGAACAUCCCGUCUUGUCAAUGGACAGUUCACACAAGAGGAAGUGAACAACAACAGACUCAUCUCACGUGCGAGGAUACAUGUGGAACGUUCCAUUCAGAGACUCAAGCUGUAUUCUAUUUUGGACCAC